AUGGAUUCUGAUAGUGUUGAAAUUUUGGAAAUUGGGACACCCAGAUCGUCUUUAACGGAUCCUGAUAGUGAUGAAAUUUUGGAAAAAGGGCCUCUAAGAUCCUCUUUAACAGAUCCUACUAGUGAUGAAAUUUUGGAUGGAGGGCCUACCAGAUCGCCUUUAACGGAUCCUGAUACUGAUGAAAUUUUGGGCAGAGGGUCUUCCAAAUCGUUUUUAACGGAUCCUACCAGUGGUGAAAUUUUGGAAGGAGGGCCUCCCAGAUCGUCUUUAAUGGAUCCGGCCUUUGAUGAAAUUUUGGAAGGAGGGUCUCCCAGAUCGUCUUUAAUGGAUCCGGCCUUUGAUGAAAUUUUGGAAGGAGGGUCUCCCAGUUCGUCUUUAACGGAUUCUACCAGUGAUGAAAUUUUGGAAGGAGGGCCUCCCAGAUCGUCUUUAAUGGAUCAUACCAGUGAUGAAAUUUUGGAAGGGGUGUCUCCCAGAUCGUCUUUAACGAAUCCUACCAGUGAGGAAAUUUUAGAAGGAGGGCCUCCCAGAUCGUCUUUAACGGAUCUCAACAGUUACGAACUUUUGGAAGGAGGGCGUCCCAAAUCGUCUUCUACGGAUCCUGAUAGUGAUGAAAUUUUGGAAAGAGGGCCUCCCAGAUCCUUUUUAACGGAUCAUACCAGUGAUGAAAUUUUGGAAGGGGGGUCUCCCAGAUCGUCUUUAACGAAUCAUACCAGUGAGGAAAUUUUGGAACGAGGGCCUCCCAGAUCGUCUUUAACGGAUCCUAACAGUUACGAACUUUUGGAAGGACGGCGUCCCAAAUCGUCUUCUACGGAUCCUGAUGGUGAUGAAAUUUUGGAAGAAGGGCUUCCCAGAUCCUCUUUAACGGAUCCUACCAGUGAUGAAAUUUUGGAAGGAGGGCCUACCUAUCGUCCUUAA